AUGGCCAAAAAGCGGGAGAGCAGCGAAGAACGUCAGCCGCUUACUCAUGGAUCUCGGUCUGAUUCGGAGCCUGCCUCGGAGUCCGGCUCGGACUCAACAGCCUGUCGCCAUCAUUGCGCUCCCAACGGCGCCUCACCCGAGGUUGCCCGCGCGAGAGGGUGUGAGUGGGACGAUCUUUCGUUCCACUGGUGGCCCAAGAAGCCACAUCUCGACAGCGACAACCAGGCUCUGCUGCAGGACUUCCGCGUCUCUGGGCCAUGGCAGAGGUUCUAUGACCAGGAGGGACAGAACGAGAUUCCCCCGACCAACGAGGUUCUCACCGCGGGCUGGGUGACGCGCAAAGAGCAUCUUUUCCACUGUGUCUUCACCUUGAGGCAGACACACCUCUGGCUCACCAAGGGAUUCGACGCUCCGUUCAACUACAGCCACACCGUCCACUGCACGCAGCAGCUGAUCGACGCGGUCGUGGAGAGUCCCCCGCCCCGACUUCGAUGA